AUGGCCGUUCCUACACAGCUGGCCUAUCGCACCUCCAAGGGCAUCGGGCUCUUCAAUGCGGCCCCAGUCUACGAGCCCUUGCCUGGCUUUGUCAAGCCCGAAGGCAACCUUCGCUGCUGCUGCUACUCGCCUGACAGCAAAUACUUUGCAUGGGCAUCGCCUGAACAUGUUGACACUUCUCUCUGCAGAGUCUCAGUAGUCGAUGCCUCGGCUGGCCACGUCAUAACCACUCUUCCCCUGGCAAACGUCUUCGAGCUUGGAUUUUCGCCGCUAGGGACUUUCCUCAUAACUUGGCAGCGCCCCUCAAAGGAUGACGACGGCAACGCAGCAAAGAACCUCAAGGUCUGGAGAACCGUCUCAGAAGAAGCCGAGGAUGAUGGCUCACGAGCAGUGGUUGGCGAGUACGUGCAGCGAAAUCAGACAGGUUGGAACUUGCAGUACACAUCCGACGAGAAGUUUUGCGCACGCGUCGUAACAAACGAGGUGCAAUUCUACCAGUCGGAUGAUCUCCGCAACCCUUGGAACAGGCUUCGCGUCGAGGGCGUGACCGACUUCGCCGUGUCGCCCGGCAAGAACCAUUCAGUUGCCGUUUUUGUGCCGGAGCGCAAGGGUAUGCCCGCUGCGGUCAAGGUCUUCCAAGUCCCCCAAUUUACCCAACCCGUAUCGCAGAAGACUUUCUUCAAGGGUGACAAAGUCCAAUUGAAGUGGAACGAGCUGGGUACCAGCUUGCUGGUUUUGGCCCAAACAGAGGUGGACAAGUCGAACAAGAGUUACUAUGGCGAGACGAACAUGUACAUUCUCAGUGCCAAUGGCUCCUUCGAUUCGCGUAUCCAGCUUGACAAGGAGGGGCCCAUACACGACGUCUCCUGGUCACCCAACUCGAAAGAGUUUGGCGUUACCUAUGGAUACAUGCCCGCAAAAACCACCAUUUUUAAUCAGCGCGCCGUUCCUCAACACAGCUUUGAUCUGGGCCCGCGCAACACCAUCAUUUUCUCGCCCCACGGACGCUUCGUCAUCGUCGCUGGAUUCGGUAAUCUGGCUGGCGACAUGGACAUUUACGAUCUUGAAAAGAACUUUGCCAAGGUGUGCACCAUCAAGGCUUCCAACUGCACCUACUGCGAGUGGAGCCCGGAUGGCCAGCAUAUUCUUACGGCCAUUACUAGCCCACGUCUUCGUGUGGACAACGGAGUUCGCAUCUACCACGUUAGCGGCGGUCUGAUGUACCACGAGGAGAUGACUGAAUUGUACCAUGUCACCUGGCGGCCACAGCCUACAUCAACACACCCCUUGGAUAGUCCUCUGACCAAGGUGCCAACUCCCCAUCCAUCGGCGUCCAAGUUCUUGAGCACGCAGAAGACACCGGCAAAACCGGCCGGAGCCUACCGUCCUCCAGGUGCGCGUGGAACAAGCACUCCUUUGCUCUUCAAGCGGGAGGAUGAGGGAGGUGCGGCCUAUACCAACACAGGUAUAUCUUCCACCAAAGUCGGCUUUGCGAAUGGAUUUGGAAAGCCACGUCGUCGCGAAGUGCCAGGCGCGGAGCCUGUGGAAGCCCUCCCACCUGGCGCAGCCCCUGGUGGUGGUGUCAGCCUAACGGGUGCCGUAGAUGGUGAUGGUGAAUUGUCAAAGGCAGCUUUGAAGAACAAGAAGAAGCGGGAGGCAAAGAAAGCACGCGAGGCCGCUGACAAGGCCGCUGGCCUUACUGCUGAUGGCGCCAACGCACCCACAUCUGGCAGAAGCCCAGAGCGUCGCAAUGAGCGUGGCCAGCAGCGGAGCCGUAGCAAGAGUGGAGCCGACGGGUAUGGACAACAGCACGUGAGGAGCGCUAGUCACCAGCGCGGCUACGGUAAUAGCCCGAACCGCCAGUCUGGACCUAGACAGGAUGGGGGCCACCGACAGAAUCUUGGUCAGCAGCAUCACGAACGAGCGAGGUCUGGCCAGCAUGGUCAGGGUCCCCCGGCUCUACAAACGGAAAAUCAGGGCCCUACGCCUGAUCUUACAGUCACCAGCCCUAGCGAUGGCAAUCCUCAUGACAAGAAGAUCCGUGGUCUACUUAAGAAGAUGCGUGCCAUUGAGGAGCUCAAGAUGAGGCAAGCUGGCGGCGAGAAGCUGGAAGACACUCAGAUUAAGAAGAUUGGCACUGAGCAUCAUAUUAAGAAGGAGCUUGAUGCCUUGGGCUUCACCGGGUAG